AUGAAACGGAAAGGAGUCGGGUUCUCUCUCCCCGUCGCGGCGGUGACGUUAGUGAUCGGUUUCAUUUAUUUCUCAACGGUUUUCACUUUCAUCGAUCGGUGGUUCAGCCUCACUUCCUCUCCCGGAAUCGUUAACGCAGCCGCGUUCACGGGUUUGGCUAUGAUGUGUGUGUACAGCUACUCCGUAGCGGUUUUCAGGGAUCCGGGUCGGGUCCCACUCAGUUACAUGCCGGAUGUUGAAGAUCAGGAGAGUCCUGUUCACGAGAUUAAACGAAAGGGAGGAGAUUUGAGGUAUUGUCAAAAGUGUUCACAUUUCAAACCUCCACGAGCUCACCAUUGCCGGGUUUGCAAAAGAUGUGUGCUUAGAAUGGACCACCAUUGUAUUUGGAUCAACAACUGCGUAGGACACACUAACUACAAGGUCUUCUUCGUAUUUGUUGUCUAUGCGGUGACUACUUGUGUAUACUCUCUGGUUUUACUUGUGGGAAGCCUUACUGUUGAGUCUCAAGAUGAAGACGAAGAAAUGGGAAGCUAUCUAAGAACUAUAUAUGUGAAUGAUGAUUUGCUUCAAAAACUACCAGAAAAUAUUAUUUUCCCUUUUAAUAUUUUUGGUUUUGUUUCUUCUCAGGUAGUUUCAUCUUUUGUUCUUAUCUCAUUGAGCAUUGCGUUAGGUGUUCUUCUCGUGUGGCACAUUUACCUCAGUUUACAGAACAAAACAACCAUCGAGUAUCAUGAAGGAGUAAGAGCUAUGUGGUUAGCAGAGAAAGGUGGGCAAGUCUAUAAGCAUCCAUAUGACAUUGGCGCAUAUGAAAACCUCACCUUGAUUUUGGGUCCGAACAUACUCUCUUGGCUCUGCCCUACAUCAAGGCAUAUAGGUUCUGGUUUACGUUUCCGUACAGCUUUUGACUCAGUCCCUGUUUCAUCCGAAACAAAACCUUAG